AUGAGCCAAAGCGAUCUAGGCCUGAUCCGCCAGCAGCAGCCCCACAAGCUGAUCCCAGAAAGGGUCAGAUGGUCAACCAUGGCGACCACGGUGCAAGCCACAGCUUUCGUGGUGAUCCGGCACCAGAAAGAUACCGGUCAAAUGCAUCGCGGUCUGAUGUCCGACAUUCUGAUGGUCGAGAUCGUCAUCCUGGCAACCACGGGAGUGACUACCGCUCUGAGCGGAGUGCUUACCCAGAGAGCUACAGGAGCGACGCUCGGAGUGACAGUCAUCGUGAUGGCCGAUCUGAUCACCGUCCUAUAG